AUGGACGGCAUCAAGAAGACAUUCGCCCAAUGCAAGAAGGAGGGCCGUUCGGCCCUCGUCACAUAUGUGACUGCAGGCUACCCCACCAAGCAGGCGACGGCUGAUAUCAUGCUGGGAAUGGAGGCUGGCGGUGCCGCGGAAGUGGUUAAGACGCAUCAAUUGACUUUCGCAGACAUCAUCGAGCUUGGCAUGCCCUUCACCGACCCCAUCGCCGACGGCCCCACCAUCCAGACUGCGAACACUCAAGCGCUCAAGAACGGCAUCAACACAGGGGAUGUGUUGCAGAUGAUCCGCGAUGCGCGAAAGCGCGGCCUUAAGGCACCGGUCUUGCUUAUGGGAUACUACAACCCCUUGUUGAGCUACGGCGAGGAACGCAUGCUCCAGGAUGCUAAGGAGGCUGGUGCCAACGGCUUCAUCAUGGUCGAUCUUCCACCUGAGGAGGCUCUGCGCUUCAGGAACUUCUGCCGCAGCUAUGGUCUCUCCUACGUCCCUCUUAUCGCACCUGCUACCUCGGAACACCGUAUGCGCGUCCUUUGCAAGAUUGCCGAUUCCUUCAUCUACGUCGUAUCGCGCAUGGGGGUCACUGGCGCAUCUGGAACAAUGAAUGCUGCGCUCCCCCAACUGCUCGAGCGAGUACACAAGUAUUCUGGCAACAUUCCUGCUGCGGUCGGAUUCGGUGUCAGCACACGAGACCACUUCGUGAGCGUCGGAAAGAUCGCAGAGGGUGUAGUCAUUGGAAGCCAGAUUAUCAACACCAUUGCCCAGGCUGGCGAAGGCAAAGAGGCGGAAGCAGUUCAGAAAUACUGCGACAUGAUUUGCGGCAAGAGUAGUCGUGCGACCACGCGCGAGGUCGGCAUUGUUGAGACUCUGGCAGAGGCCAAGGAGCCCACCGGUGUUCAUGUCGACAAGGUCAUCACAGACGCUGACACGCCUGAUGGUCCCGGCCUUGCUGACCAGCUCGAGGCGCUGAACACUGGCUCCGAUGGAUUCGACGAGGACCAUGCGCAUCCGCCUCGAUUUGGCGAGUUCGGUGGCCAGUAUGUGCCUGAAUCCCUUAUGGACUGUCUCUCCGAACUCGAAAAGGGCUUCAGCGCCGCAAUUGACGAUCCGAAAUUCUGGGAAGAGUACAGGUCCUACUACGACUGGAUGGGCCGGCCAGGGCAUCUGCAUCUGGCAGAGCGCCUUACGGAACAUGCUGGCGGUGCAAACAUCUGGUUGAAACGCGAGGAUCUCAACCAUACUGGAAGUCACAAGAUCAACAAUGCGCUUGGCCAGGUCUUGGUUGCUCGCAGACUUGGAAAGACGGAGAUCAUCGCAGAAACAGGAGCCGGCCAGCACGGUGUUGCAACUGCCACAGUCUGCGCCAAAUUCAACAUGAAGUGCACCAUUUACAUGGGUGCUGAGGAUGUCAGGCGCCAGGCGCUCAACGUCUUCCGUAUCAAGUUGCUUGGCGCUUCGGUCGUUGCUGUCGAGGCUGGCGCGCAGACCCUACGUGACGCUGUCAACGAGGCUAUGCGUGCUUGGGUUGUACACCUCGACACGACCCACUACAUCAUUGGAUCUGCUAUCGGGCCUCAUCCGUUCCCUACGAUUGUCCGUACCUUCCAGUCCAUCAUCGGAAACGAGACGAAGCAGCAGAUGCAGGAGAAGCGUGGAAAGCUCCCUGACGCGGUUGUUGCUUGUGUUGGCGGUGGCAGCAACGCUGUCGGCAUGUUUUACCCGUUCUCUAAGGACCCGUCUGUCAAGCUACUUGGUGUAGAGGCUGGUGGUGAUGGCAUCGAUACUGAGCGCCACAGCGCCACGCUCUCUGCUGGUACCAAGGGCGUGCUCCACGGUGUGCGCACCUAUGUCCUCCAGAACAAGCACGGACAGAUCAGCGAGACGCACUCUGUCUCUGCAGGCCUCGACUACCCUGGUGUUGGUCCUGAACUUGCCAGCUGGAAGGAUAACGAUCGCGCCAAGUUCAUCGCUUGCACUGAUGCCGAUGCUUUCAAGGGCUUCCGUAUCCUCUCGCAGUUAGAGGGUAUUAUUCCAGCGCUCGAGACAUCCCACGCUGUCUUUGGCGCCAUUGAGUUGGCGAAGACCAUGGGCAAGGACCAAGAUAUUGUCAUUUGCGUCUCAGGCCGUGGUGACAAGGAUGUCCAGAGCGUUGCUGAGGAGCUACCCAAACUUGGACCCAAGAUUGGCUGGGAUUUGAGGUUCUGA